CGAAUAUUUUGGAUCCAGCCAAUCCUCUAAUAUGAAUCGCGUAUCUGCCGAUCCGAUAACUUUUUACAGUGGGUUAUCCGGGUAACCUUGGUGUCCAGUGUCCACCAUGUAGAAGCCCAGAUUCUAAGCACUUGAAAUCCACGCAAAAUUAAAUGGCUAGCGAGGGGUUUGGCAUGGACUCCAUGAAUUCCAUCCCCUGCUGAUUAAAAUCACCAGUCGUCCUUUGAGCGCAGUACAGGUUUGGUACCAGUCCUUUAAACCCACGCAGUAGAGGUGGAGCGAGGCCGAAACAUGGAGAGGCCACCCCAUGACUACUCCGGCUUCGCCCAACAGGCGCAGCAGUCCCCGUUUGGGUUGCAACAGCAACACCACUUUCCUCAACCUAGCGCCACCAACACCAACCCCUAUACCCCCUUCCCCAUCAACCAUCAUCUUCCUGUCAACAACCUUCCCAAUCCAGGCGCCCUCCAAUUCCCCCCGGCCUUUCACCGCCCGCCGCCCCUGUCCCACCCUCCUCCUCACCUUCCCCCUUACAACCUCCCUCCACACCCCAUUCCCCAACAACACCAAAACAUCUUCCCCCCUCCCUUCUUCCAUCCAUGGGACCCUCCCCCUCCACCUACUCCCCCGCCUGCAGACCCCGAGCUCCAAAAGCGCAUCGACAAGCUCUCUGAGUAUGCGGCAAAAAAUGGCCCCGAGUUCGAAGCCAUGAUCAGAGAGAAGCAGCAGGACAACCCCGGGUAUGCCUUCCUCUUCGGUGGCGAAGGCCACGCCUACUAUCGCUAUAUGCUAUGGAUUUGCACCCAUCCGGCUCCUCCAAAUUUCAACCCCACUCCUCUAAACCCUAACCUCCCUCCCAUGCACCACAGACCCGCGAUGGGCCCGGCCAUGCACCACACAGGGCCUGCUGGGUUCCUGGGACCUGCUGGCCCUGGGUUCUUCGACCAGCACCGGCCUCCUCAGCUCCAAGGGCAGCCUCCACAGCCGUUUUUUGAGCAAAUUAGGGGAGAGUUUGAGCAACUUCCUAAGGCUUUCAAGGGCUUGUCGGGGCCUUUGCCUUCGGAUGUGGCCUCAGAGUUGGGUGGGGUUCUCAACAAUUUGACAGGGACAAAGGAGUCCAUUAAGGGGGCGAAGAUUUGGUUUAUGCAGCGGUCACCCUUUGCGCCAGCACUGGCAGAGGCAUUGCGAGAUCGUGUGCUUACAUUGGACGACUCGGAGAAGCAGCUCCAUAUCAUCUACCUUGCGAAUGACAUACUCUUUGACAGUUUACAGAGGCGUAUGAAUCCUCGAGAACUCGACAAUGAGGCCCUCGCCUUUAGACCUGUUCUUGGGGCUAUGCUGGCUAGAAUUUAUCACAACCCUCAAAACAAAGAUGCAAAUCAGUCUCGGCUAAAGAAGAUUUUGCAGUUUUGGGCCUCAAAGGAAGUUUAUGAUGACGACACCAUCUAUGCCCUAGACAGAGACAUGACUGCGGGACUUCCCCCUUCUGUGAUCGGACCCACUAAAGAUCCUGCUUCCUCAAUGGAACCAUCCGGACUCACAGGGCUACCAAGAGGACCAUCAGAGGGUCUUGCACAGUGGCAACCCGAUCAGCACAGGAACUCAGGCCUACCUUCACUUGAACAUGAGCACAAAGAACCAACCGGUGCCCUUCCCACUUCCCUACCGCCCACGGGGCCCACCUCUCAGUUCAUCCCCUUGACGAGUCAACACUUCCUAAACAGCUCCAGUUUUCAAAGUUUACAACCCAGGCCUCAAUUCUCUGCACCCUUGUCCAUUCUACCGACUAAACAACUGACCAUGUCCCAACUCACUCCUCCAUCAGCCAAAGUCAGUGACCAAGCUCCCCCACCCUACCCAUUAUUCCCACCAGGCCUCAUUCCUGGUAUGGUACGAAAGAUGCAGAUUGGUAGUGGGGUUCCUUACUCUCCCUGUAGUCCUCUAGAUAUCCCCACUGUCAUCCCUCCUUCCACUGCCUCUCCAUCUUACAUUUUAGAGAGAGUUUCUAAGUUUUUCAAGGAAGUAGGAGAGGUUAACCCCUCUGAGGGUCCCAUAUGCAAGUCCGGAUCACCUCAUCAUGUGAAUGAUGUUGAUGAGGAUGAGGAUGAGAGGGAAAUAGUGGUGCAUAAAGGUGGUGCAUGCAUUCCACCACCACCCAAUUUGCAGAUGGAUUUGGAGGCUGGGAGCUUUGUAGAUGGGAGUGUUGAGAGGAGCGGCAGUGGCAGGCUUGGGCUUGGGGCCCCUGCUGAUCCUAAUGAGGUGAGCCAAUAUGAUGGUGUGUACACAUCAUAUAGAAAGCAGAGAAGCACAAAUUAUCACUCUUCAAUGAGUGCUAGAGCUGCUGCGAGAUGAGCCCUUUUUGGUGAGAGGAAGUUUGUUGAUUAUAAUCUGUGGUAGGAUGACCCCUUUUUUUUUUUUCUGAUAAGGUUUUUGUAAUGAUUGGUACAAUUAUGGUGUUUAACUAAUGGAUGGCUUCAGGUAUGUGUUCCUGCCUAUGCUUGGGGUAGGAAGCAUGGUUUUAAAAUGUGGCUGCAUCAUGCGCUAUGCUGCGGUGGGCUCCACAUCAGAAUUGGCUGCAUAUGCACUUUUGGCCUAUGCAGCCGCAUAUGCGCCGUAUCGUAGUCGCAUCCUGAAUCACACUGCAUCGCACUGCAUUCCACUGCAGCCCUUUCUGUCAAUUUUUUUUUCGAUUUUGCCUAUUUGGGAGGGGCAAACUGGUCUUUUUGACCAUCCAAAAAUGGGGGAAACUGUUUGGGGGGUAUUAACCCCCCUAAACGAUGAUUUUCAGCCACUUUGUGGCCUUUUUUGUAUCAAAUCAAGGGAAAAAAAAAAUUGGCGGAAAUUUAUUUUUCAUUAAAAU